GCUUUUCAUUUGUUUGGCUGUAUAGUCAUUUUGGGUUAAGUUGCGCUAUUUGUUUGGGGGACACUGAUUUUGUUAAGGUCUGUAUGUCCUAAAUUGGAUUAUUGUUUGUGCGCCGUGUGUGUAGUGGGGAGAGCCUGUUGCUAGGGGUAUUGUGUUAUAUGCAAAAUUGACCAAGGUAGGUAGGGGCUGCCACCUGUGUGCAAUUAAGUUUCAGAAUUCUUUCCCUGUUAGGAAUAGCGGCGUGUCUUCUUUGGGGUACGUCGGAUUAAAAACUGUAGUGUUGUGGUGAAAGUGAUUAGUAGCAGUUGUCUCGGGGGCACUUCCGUGGUGUUGAGAGAGUUGCUGAUUGCCAGUCGCUCCCUCACCCCAUCGGGCUUUAGGUGCAUAAGUACCCGUCACCGGUAGCCACAUGAAGACUAGGGGAGAGUUAGUUAGCUUCAUGGUUAGGUAGUUAGUGGGGGAGUUCUGAUACUUUUUUUUGCGCACUUUUCCUGUUUUCUCUGUCCUUGUGUUAAUUUCCAUAGAGUGGUCCAGCAUGGCAAAUGUUGAGGAGUUUAUCCGUUGUCCCUCAGAGGAAUCGUUAGAGCAAUGCACCAAGGAACAAUUGCUUAAGAUUGCGGAACAUUACUCGCUUGAUAUUGGGGAUAAAAGGCUUAGUAAAGAAAACGUUAAGGCUAUGUUGAAAUCCAAUUUAUGGGACAUGGGGGUCUUGUCAGGAAAGUUAGAUAAGAGCCCUGGUCAGCUUCUCCAGUCAUCCGUAGGUGGUAACUUCACUUUUGAACAGCAGAAAGAGUUGCUCUUGUUACAACUGGAACAUGACAAAUCAAAGCGUCACGCCGAGUUAGAACUGGAGAAAGCCAAACUGGAGUUACAGCAUUUCAAACUGGAUUUAAUUAGGCAAGGUAAAAUGGCAGGGGAUCUAAGCGGUGCUGCUUCUCCUGGUGCUUCUCCACACCUGUUUGAUGUUCGUAACUUGCGUCUUCUGCCGCAGUUCAGUGAACAAGAUCCAGACACUUUCUUCUCUCUGUUUGAGCGUGUUGCAGACUCAAGGGGGUGGCCUGACGCUGAUCGAACUUUGUUACUGCAGUGCGUCUUGACGGGUAAGGCACAGGAGGCAUAUGCUGCUCUCAGUUCAGCUGAUAGUUGUAGCUAUGUGAAGGUGAAGUCUGCUGUGUUAAGGGCGUAUGAACUGGUACCAGAGGCUUACCGACAGCGGUUCAGGUCGUGGAGAAAGGUAGAAAAGCAGACGCAUGGUGAGUUUGCUAGGGACCUGGUUACUCAUUUUAGUCGGUGGUGCGCUGCUUUGGAGGUGGAAACAUUUGAGGACCUGGCUGAUCUUAUUGUGCUUGAACAGUUCAAAGAUUCAGUCCCUGGCUACAUAGCCACAUACAUAAAUGAGCAUAAAGUUAAGACUGCUGCAGAGGCUGCGGUCCUAGCCGAGGAGUACGUCUUAACGCACAGAAGUACUUUUGGAGAUGCUCACGCUCGCGAGUUGUGUUGGCCUAGGGCAAAUAGUUCACAUUCCGCGAGGCAAAAUGUGUCAAAAUCAGAAUUCAGUUCAUUCAAUAAUGAUUGUGGGUCAAGUGGGAAGUUUGAUCCCAACAGAGUUUGUAAUUACUGCCAAGGGAGAGGCCAUUGGAAGGCAGAAUGUCCUGUUCUUAAAAAUAAGGCUAAGCUCUCAGGAGGUAGGGGGCAGGUGAAGCCUAUGGCGUUGGCUGCCCCUAUCCAAAUUGGUAGUCCUUUUGCACAGUGCCCAGAGCAGUUGCAACCGCCAACAUCCUUGUGCCGCUCUGAUAGCCACAACUAUUAUUCUGACUACUCACCAUUUAUUACAGAGGGUUAUGUCUCACUUGUGGGAAGUAAUGUGAAAGUCCCAGUGAAGAUCUUGCGAGACACUGGAGCUAUGGAUUCUUUUAUUUUGGAAUCAGUGCUUCCUUUUUCUCACAAGUCUGCUAUAGGUGACAGCGUCUUAGUACGGGGCAUGGGCUUAACCACAUUGUCUGUUCCACUUCAUCAGAUGGUGCUCAUGUCUGAUCUGGUGCAGGGGGAAGUUGUGGCCGGUGUCCGCCCAGCGCUACCAGUUGAGGGGGUUCACCUCAUCUUAGAGGACGUGGCUAGAGAACAGCAGAUGGAUCCCACCUUGAAAGAGCUCUUUGACAGUGCCCUCCCUGCUGGCGAGGGGAUCAGCCUUGCGCGUGGUUAUUUCAUCCAGAAUGGGCUUUUGGUGAGAAAAUGGGUGCCCCAUGGGGAGAGUUUUGUUGGCGACGCCAUGGUGCAAAUUGUAGUACCAGGGAAAUUUCGUAGUUUGGUGUUGGAGCUCUCUCAUGAUCAGUCAGGACAUUUGGGGGUGAGGAAAACAUAUGACCGUAUUCUGAGAUAUUUUUUUUGGCCUCGUUUGAAGAGGGAGGUUGCCACUCAUGUCAAAACAUGUCACACUUGUCAGCUGACAGGGAAACCAAAUCAAAGCAUCAAACCUGCACCCUUGCAUCCCAUUCCAGGCAUUGGUAAACCAUUUGAAAAUCUUAUUAUUGACUGCGUUGGUCCCCUUCCGCGUUCUAAAUCUGGUAGUAGCUACUUGCUUACAGUCAUGUGUCAAAGCACUCGCUAUCCCGCUGCGUACCCAUUACGCAACAUUACAACUAAGGCUGUAGUGAAGGCAUUGUCACAAUUCAUUUCAUUCUUUGGUAUCCCUAGGACCAUUCAAAGCGAUCGGGGCAGUAAUUUUUCUUCUCAUAUGUUUGCACAAAUUUUGAAGCAACUUCGUGUUAAGCAUAAGCAGUCUACAGCUUAUCAUGCGCAGAGUCAGGGCGCUUUGGAACGGUUCCACCAGUCGUUAAAAUCGCUAAUGCGUGCAUACUGUGUGGAAUUGGAUCGAGACUGGGAAGAGGGGCUGCCUUGGUUACUCCUAGCAGCCAGGGAGGUAGUACAGGAGAGUACUGGGUUCAGUCCGAACGACCUUGUGUUUGGGCAUACUGUGCGAGGGCUGCUGGCUGUCCUGCAGGAUGACUGGAGGGCUGAGGACCCUCCUACAAACCUUAUCAGUUAUGUCAAUGGUUUUAGACACCGACUCUAUGCAGCUUGGGAAUUAGCUAAACAAAAAUUGGCAACCUCACAGGUUAAGAUGAAGCGUCUUUAUGACCGCAGGGUUGAGAGACGUCACUUUUCGGAGGGGGACCAGGUCCUCGCUCUUCGGCCUAUAGUGGGUUCACCUUUUGAGGCCAAAUUUGUUGGCCCAUACACUGUGGCCCAGCAGGUUUCAGAGGAAAAUUACCUGAUUGCCACUCCCCAUCGCAAAAAGUCCAAUCAGCUUUAUCACGUCAAUCGGUUAAAGCCCUAUUAUGCGCGCUCGUCUGCCCUGACGCCACCAGAGAUUGGGACAUUCCCAUACAAUGCCUGUCCGGCUCUCACAGUGGGUACUACUUCUGUCACCUCCGCUCAGGUGAGGGGAGUGGGUGGAGGGGAGGGGAGUAUCGAACCUGAUGACUCUGUUCUGCAUGGCCGGUUGAAAAACUCAGAGUCCCUGGGUAAGUUGGAAAGCUUGCUCAGUCAUUUACCUGAACCGAAGCGUGUCGAGUUGGCCAAAUUAAUCAGGUGUUAUCCUGCUUUGUUUGGAGAUACGCCGUCACGCACACAUUGGAUCGAGCACGAUAUAGAUGUGGGAGACGCUCAACCAAUCAGGCAGCGUUUUUAUCGUGUUUCAUCAGAGAGACGUAAAACGUUAGACUCUGAGAUAAAGUAUAUGCUGGAUAACAAUAUUGCAGUUCCCUCGUCGUCCAGCUGGGCCUCACCGUGUUUGUUGGUGGAUAAAGUGGAUAAAACGCAUAGAUUUUGUACUGACCUCCGAAAGGUUAACAAUGUCACCAAACCUGACUCGUACCCUCUUCCUCGAAUGGAGGACUGUAUAGACCAAGUUGGCUCCGCUAAGUUUGUUAGCAAAUUCGAUCUGCUAAAAGGUUACUGGCAGGUGCCCUUGACGGCAAGAGCACAAGAAAUAUCGUCCUUCAUCACCCCCUCUGGUCUGUAUUCAUAUACAGUUAUGUGUUUUGGCUUGCGGAAUGCGCCAGCGACCUUUCAGCGCCUCAUGAACCGUGUCAUUUCUGGUCUCGAGGGUUGCGCGGUGUAUUUGGACGAUGUAGUGGUCCACAGUGACUCGUGGGACUCGCACCUCAAACGAAUCCGUGCGCUAUUUGACAGGUUGGCGGAGGCGCGUCUCACAGUCAAUUUGGCGAAGUGUGAGUUUGCCAAAGCGACUGUGACAUACCUUGGUAAAGUAGUCGGGCGAGGUCAGGUGCGACCGGUACAGGCUAAAAUAUGGGCCAUCCAGCAGUACCCUCCUCCUACCACGAAGAAGGAGUUGAUGCGUUUCCUUGGCCUUGUGGGCUACUAUCGUAGUUUUUGCCGCAAUUUCUCCACUGUCGUUGUCCCGCUCACAGACCUGCUUAAAGGCAAAGCUCAGUUUGUUUGGUCGCCUAGCUGUCAAUCGGCCUUUGAGACUGUCAAGUCAAUUCUGUGUUCAGAGCCGGUGUUAGCUGCUCCUCAGCUUCAUCAGCCUUUCACACUGCAGGUGGACGCCAGCAACGUGGGUGCUGGUGCUGUCCUCCUGCAGUCAGAUGUACAUGGGAUUGAUCAUCCCGUCAGCUUCUUCUCUCGCAAGUUCAACUCGUAUCAGUUAAACUACUCCGUGGUUGAAAAGGAGGCACUUGCGCUUGUUUGGGCCUUGCAACAUUUUGAUGUUUAUGUGGGUUCAAGUGUGCCCAUAGUGGUUUAUACAGACCACAACCCCUUAACAUUUCUGAACUCUCUACAGUGCCCAAAUCAACGGCUAAUCCGUUGGUCACUGUUUUUGCAAUGUUAUUGCCUGGAUAUUCGCCACAUCAAGGGCUCAGCAAAUAUCGUCGCUGACGCCCUGUCUCGGGCUCCUUGCCCCUAGUAACAUGUUUUUCUUUUGUCCUCCUCUUGUUGCCCUCUCCUUCUAUUUCCUUAAAUUGCUUCCUAGGAAGGCCUACUGGGUUGCUGAAGGUGGAGGGAGAGUGGCAGCCAGAGGAUGGACAGCGGAAUCAGGUGUUAAUUUAUGCGCAUUUUCUAUUUAUAUUUCAUUAGGCUAUUUGUAUUUUCGGAUUUCUGGAAGAAAUUCCGUCUUAUGGGAGGGGGUGUGACGACCCGCCCCCUUUUGGGUUGUUUCUGUUCACUUCUGUUCUUUGUCAUUCUAGUUUGGGAGGCGGCUCAUCAGAGCUGAGGGCGUACACCUGGAUCUGGGCGUGGCCUCCAGCAUAAAGGCUGCUGCCAGUUCCCAGUGCGGUCUCUCUCCAGUCCGCUGCACACUUAAUUAGUUUGUUUAUUGUUUGGGUUCACUCCUUGCAACACACACAACAUAUUCUACACACCCACACUCACUUACACCACUGAUUCUACUGACGCUCGUUUACAUAACAUAGUUGAUGUAUUUCAUUUCUUGACCUUUGUUAAUAAAUUAUUUAAUUAUUUAAUGGUUUCAUGUGUCCCCCAUUCUUUGUUGCAACCUGAGAGCCAGGGGU